AUGGUUGCGAUAAAAGAAAUGAAAGAACUUGCCUUUUCUAGGCCUAGUUUAGUUGAGACAUUAAAUAAGAAAAAGAAAUUGUUAAAAAAAAAGGAGAAAAGGACAGUGCUUUUAUGUACCUAUGCAUUCAUUACUUUCAUAAUAUUUUGUAUAGGAAUAUUAUAUUAUACAAAUAAAUCAUCCUCAUAUAACAAUAAUAAUAAUAAAAAAAAUGAAUAUAGUUUAAAAAAAGAAGAAAUUGAAUUACUUCGUGUUCUUCUAGAAAAAUAUAAAAAUGAAAAGGAUGGAAUUAUGAAUAAAUUCUCAAAUGAAGAUAGUGAAAAAAAUUCCACAUUAAAGUCCCAAAAUAAUAAUAUUAAUAGUUAUGAUAGUAACGUUAGUCAUGAUAAUAUAAAAUCUAAUAAGGAAGAGUAUAUUAAUUUAGAAAGAAUAUUACUAGAGAAAUACAAAAAGUUCAUUGAAGAAAAUAAUGAUGAAAAUAGAAAAGAGUUAUCAAAUCUAUUACAUAAAUUAUUAGAAAUCAAUAAAUUGAUUAUACUUGAAGAAAAAGAUAAUAGAAAAGUAUAUGCUAUAAAUGAUAAGUAUGAUGAAAAGGGUGCUUUGGAUAUAGGAAUGAUUGAAGAAAUAAAAUAUAAAAAAGAGGAUCCAAUAAAUAAUAUAAAAUAUGCAUCAAAAUUUUUUAAAUUUAUGAAAGAACAUAAUAAAGUAUAUAAAAGUGUAGAAGAACAAAUGAGAAAAUUUGAAAUUUUCAAAAUGAAUUAUAUAAGUAUUAAGAGUCAUAAUAAGUUAAAUAAGAAUGCUAUGUAUAAAAAGAAAGUGAAUCAAUUUAGUGAUUAUUCUGAAGAAGAAUUAAAACAAUAUUUUAAAACAUUAUUACCAGUACCUAAGCAUAUGAUACAAAAAUAUGUGAAACCAUUAGAAAAUCAUUUAGAAAAAAAUAUAUUAAUAAAUGAAUUUUAUACAAAUGGAAAGAGAAAUGAUAAAGAUAUAUUUAUGAAAGUACCAGAAAUAUUAGAUUAUAGAGAAAAAGGUAUAGUACAUGAACCAAAAGAUCAAGGACUUUGUGGUUCUUGUUGGGCAUUUGCAAGUGUUGGAAAUAUUGAAAGUGUAUUUGCUAAAAAAAAUAAAAGUAUUUUAAGUUUUAGUGAACAAGAAGUUGUAGAUUGUUCAAAAGAUAAUUUUGGAUGUGAUGGUGGACAUCCAUUUUAUUCAUUCCUUUAUGUUUUAGAAAAUCAAUUAUGUCUUGGAGAUGAAUAUAAAUAUAAAGCAAAAGAUGAUAUGUUCUGUUUAAAUUAUAGAUGUAAAAGAAAAGUAUCUUUAACAUCAAUCGGUGGAGUUAAAGAAAAUCAAUUAAUUCUUGCAUUAAAUGAAGUAGGACCUUUAUCUGUUAAUGUAGGAGUAAAUAAUGAUUUUGUAUCUUAUUCAGAAGGUGUAUAUAAUGGUACAUGCUCAGAUGAUCUAAAUCAUUCAGUACUUUUAGUUGGAUAUGGACAAGUGCAAAAAAAUAAAUUAAAUUAUAACCAUAAUAAUAUAAAAAAUUAUAAUAUAACACAAAAUUUUAAUCAACAAGAUGAUAAUAUUAUAUACUAUUGGAUUAUUAAAAAUUCAUGGAGUAAAAAAUGGGGAGAAAAUGGAUUCAUGAGAUUAAGUAGAAAUAAAAAUGGAGACAACGUUUUCUGUGGUAUUGGUGUCGAAGUAUUCUAUCCUAUCUUGUAA